CCCGGCGCCGCCGCCGCUUCCCGCCGCCUCGCUCCGCUCCGUUCCCGCCAUGGCGCAGUUCGAGCCGGCGGCGCUGCCCGAGCUGCUCCCGGUCUUCUACCGGCGGCUCUUCCCGCACGGCCCCUACGGCCGCUGGCUCAGCUACGGCGGCGCGAAGAAUUACUUCCAGCUGCGGGAAUUCUCUUUCACGCUGCGGGACGAUGUCUACCUGCGCUUCCAGUCCUUCAGCAGCCCGCAGGAGCUGGAGCGGGAGCUGCAGAAGAUCAACCCCUACAAAAUCGACAUCGGGGCUGUCUACUCCCACCGGCCCAACCAGCACAACACGGUGCACCUGGGAGCCUUCCAGCCGCAGGAGAAGGAGCUGGUGUUCGACAUCGACAUGACGGAUUACGACGAUGUCCGGACGUGCUGCAGCUCGGCCGAUAUCUGCUCCAAGUGCUGGACGCUGAUGACCAUCGCCGUGCGCAUCAUCGACCGCGCGCUCGUGGAGGACCUGGGCGUGCGGCACCGCCUGUGGGUGUACUCUGGCAGGAGGGGUGUGCACUGCUGGGUGUGCGACGACGCCGUCAGGAAAUGGUCCCCAGCACUGAGGGCAGCCACUGUGGAGUACCUAAGCCUGGUGAAGGGCGGAGCAGACACGGUGAAGAAGGUGAACCUCUCCCACCCCGUGCACCCCUUCAUCAGGCGCUCGGUGGCCGUGGUGCAGAAAUAUUUCGAGGAGCACGCGCUGAGGGGCCAGGACAUCCUGGGCAGCCCCGAGAGGUGGGACAAGGUGCUGGCCCUGCUCCCAGAGGAGCUGCGGGAGCCGCUGCGGGCGGAGUUCCCGCGGAAGAAGGACUCGGCGCAGCGCUGGGAGCUGCUGCGGGCGCGCGCCGAGCGCGAGCGCGAGCGCGGCCGGCCCGGCCACCCCGAGUGGGAGGUGAUGCUGCAGCUCUGCUUCCCUCGCCUGGACUGCAACGUCAGCAAAGGGCUGGGCCACCUGCUCAAGAGCCCCUUCAGCGUGCACCCCAAAACAGGGCGCAUCUCAGUCCCGCUGGACCUGCAGAAGCUCGAGCAGUUUGAUCCGUUUUCAGUGCCCACCAUCACGUCGCUGUGCCAGGAGCUGGACGCGGCCGGCAGCGAUGGCGAGCAGGAGGAGGGGGGGCACACCGAGCCCAAACGGCGCACGAGGGAUCUCCAAGGAGAUUUCUGAGCCCUGGGCCCUGCCAGUGUCUCCUGUGCUGUCACUGUCACCUCCCCUGGCCCUGGGGGGUCCCAUGGGGCAGCCAAACCCCUCGGCCCCCCUGUUUUUGUACCUUUUGUACUGUUUUCUACACAAAAAACCAUUAAAUGUUUCUGCUCAGCUUUGUGCUGGGGGCUGCUGAGGAGGGUGGGGGCGGGGGUCCCUGCUCUGCAGUGUGGGGUCGCUGCCCCCAAUCUCCUGCCUGGACCCUGACCCCCAACUAUGCCUGGACCCCCUGAUCCUGCCUG